AUGCAUGUUAUCAACAGCCCAGUAAGUCCUCCUUUUUCAGGUAACUUCCAGAUUUUUAACAGUAUCUUUCUUCCAGUCCGUCCCAAGCGCUCACGCUAUUCGUGAGCCGCUCCGCGCCGGAUCAGAGAUCCAUGUCCGUGGCCAUGUCACUCAUCACCACCACAAGUGAGUCACCAUACAAUAACCGUGGAAACACUCAAGUUCUAGGGACUUCUCUGUGGAGCUUCUCAGCGGACCACACAUCGUUCUUCACGUCAACUUCCGCUUCCACGGGGACCAUAUUGUCUGCAUGAACACCUCGACCAACGGCGCCUGGGGACCGGAGAUCCGUCACCACAACCCACUCAAGCACCACGACCAAUUCCAUCUGAGAAUCCACAUCCACGACGGAUACUACCAUGUACUUUUGUCUUCCUAAUCAGUUUCACCUUCUUGAUUCCUUACUUUUCAGAUCGAAGUGAACGGAGAGCACUUGGCCGACUUCCCACACCGCAUCGCCUACCAAUCGGUCCAGGCGAUCGGACUGAAGGGAGACGUCCACGUCGACGAGAUCUCUUUUACCGGAUUCGACUUCGGAGUUGACUGGAGCUCGUCCCACGACUUUGGACACACCGGAUACUCGUCCUACGGAACCGAGACCUACGUGGCUCCAGUUUUCGCCGAGACUCACUCCUACAACGCCUACUUUUAA